UAUAACGACGACGUGACACGUAUUUGUUUAUUCCAAGAUGGCGGUGUCAGUGUUGGACGUGGUAUCGAAGUUUUUAAACGACUACAAGUCGACAACGCCGCAAAAAUUAAAAAUAAUCGAUGCGUAUUUGAUUUAUAUAAUGCUAACCGGCAUCAUACAGUUCGUAUAUUGUUGUUUAGUGGGAACUUUCCCGUUUAAUUCCUUCUUAGCCGGUUUCAUUUCGUGUGUUGCUUCCUUCGUCUUGGCAGUGUGUCUGCGACUUCAGGUAAACAUCCAGAACAAGAGCCAGUUCUCUGGAAUCAAUACAGAGAGGGCAUUUGCAGACUUCAUAUUUGCACACAUCAUACUUCAUCUAGUGGUCAUGAACUUCAUCGGAUAAAGAACUUCUGGAGAGGAGACGCACGUCACGUUAGACUUUGUGUCGAGAGUGAUUGUAAUAUGCAUGAACGUUACUUGUUGCAGACUACACUUUUCACAUUCCCGUACGGUUUGUAAGGAAACUUGAAUAUUAAAGACUGUUGUUUUAAAUUA